AUGGACGAGGCCGCGCAGUACACCGACAUUCUCGACGACGAGACCCUCGCGCCGCUGAAGCGCAACCACGCUUGUCUCCAGCGCAAGGUCAAGUGCGACGCAGUACGCCCGACGUGCAACCCGUGUCUCCGCAGCCAUGCGCACGCCGUCCGCUCCGCGCAGCGCAACAAGAGCAAGCCGCCCCCGCUCUCGUGCACUUACGCCGACGACGAUGAACCCGAGCCUCUGGCAGCCGCGAAUGGAGAGCGCAAGCGUGUCUCGUCGACAACGGCGGGGCCGAAGCGUGCCGCAAUCGGCGGACCUGACAAGCUCACACGGGAGCGCGAGCGUCGUGCGGAGGAAGAGAGGGACACCUUGAAGGCGCGCAUUGUGUCGAACAGCAGAUGGGGCGAGCCUCUGUCCAACUUCCAGAUUCCCGCUCCGCAAAUCAACGGCGUGCCAAGCGACACGCUCCCGUUCGUCUCCAUCGAGGCCAGGGAAGCGGGCCAAUUCCAGUCCUUCGACUUUAGCAACCUGCUCAUGAUGCCGAUGAACUGGCCGAAGAACCUGCCCUCGCCCGCCGUGCUCGAGCACCUCAUCGACAUCUUCUUCCAGUGCGAGCCGCAAAUCUCGCGCAUCCUGCACCGCGACACGCUGAUGGCGCGCGUGGCUCUGCCGCCUGCGCAUCCCGACUUCCCAUUCUCCGGCCUGCUUCAUGCGAUCUGCGCUGCCGCGGCUCCGCACACCGCUGUCGCGACGAGUAUCCCGCCGCAGCAACUCGAGGGCGUGCGCCAGCGCCACAUCGCGAGCGGCAUCGACCUCGAGAACUGCGAGGACUUUGCGACUGCCCAGACCGAGGCGGCAGAGCGAUGUAUCCGCCACAAGACGGGUGCGUGCAUGCUGGGCAGCGGGCCGUUCAUCUUCGACGUGACGCGCGCCAACAUGAUCCUGUCCCUGACGUAUUUGAACAAGGGCAUAGCUCUCCGGUCCUGGAUCAUGUCCGCUGCUCCCGUGCGUCUCAUCCACGCAUUGGAAAUCACGAACCGCAACCUGCGUACCGGGGGCAAGCCGCCCAUCAUGGGUGCGCCGGCGACAGACCGGGAGCGCGAAGAGCGUUUAGCCACCAUCUGGCUGACGUACAUGUACGACGUGGGCUUUGCGGUGAACGCGUGCUGGACGCCCAUCUUCAACAUUGACACGAUCUACAAUGCGCUCCCCACUAGUGCGACCGAGUUUGCAAAGAAACAGCACCUCGGCGCAUCCAUGGCCGGUAACCCGCAGACGGCCCACGAGGCGGACGUCAUGGUCCACCAUCCCGUGCACGACGCGUUUGUGCUCGCCGUCAAGGCGAGCAUGCUCUUUGGCCGCGUCAGCAAGUGGCUCGGGACAUGGAAGCAACGGCACGUGCGCGCCGGGGACGCGCAGGACGCGCUCUCUGCGCCGUCGUUCGUGCAGCUGAACGCGGAGAUCAUGGCGUUCCAGCUCAGCGUGCCUGCAGCGUUCAAGAACAUCUACAAGCUGGUGGACAGCGGGGACCUGACGCCGUUCAACGCGGACCUGUUGUCGCUGCACAUUUUCCCGAACACAGCGCUGCUGCUGCUGCACGAGCCUCUGAUCGACUGGAAGGGGCCCGAGAACAGCGCGAUGCGGCAAGUACAGAAGUCGUUCGAGGCGAUCGUCGGCCUGCUGCACCUGAUCCCGUCGCAGCUCGACCUGAGCCUCGUGCUCACGCCGCUGCUGAUCUUCUGCCUGUUCACGACGGGGCGGAUCAUCACGCUCUUCAUCGGCCGGGCGGGGAAGGAGGAGGCGUACGCGCACAGCAUGCGGUGGAAGACAGACCUCGGCGUCAUCCAAGCCGUCAUGGAGCGGUAUGGCACGAAGCACUCGAUCGGUGUGUUGCUGGGCGAGUUCCUCAAGGUGCACAUGCAACUAGGCGGCGAGCCGGAGCAUAUGGACGACAUGUGUGCGCGGCGCAUGCGCGACGUGUGCGCCACCUCUAGUGUUGGGGAGCUGAACAGUGGGAGCGGGUACGGCGCCGUCGACGGCCCCGGCAACCCCGAAACGGGGGGUACGGGGUACGAAUCGCAGUCGCAGUCCCAGUCACAGAGCGCUGGCUCGGGACCCUCGACCACGUCUAUCCCCGGGCUCAGCCCGCCGACAAAGGGCAACUCGGGCACCUCGGCGUCCGUCGGCCAGACACCAGAGAGCGUAGACGCGGUCGACUUUGAGACCCAGGCGCGCACCUACUUCCCCCCCAGCAACGAUAACAGCGGCACCAUGUCGAUAGACGAAGCGACGAAUGGCGGGUUCAUGAAUCUGAACGGCGGCUUUUCAUUCACGCCGGGAUCGCACGCUUCCUCGGGCUCGACACCUAAUGGUGCCAACGCCUUCGGAGGCGCGUUUGGCACGCUCGGGGGCAGUGGGAGUGGACAGGGCAUUGACCCGGCCUUGCUGGAUAUUCUGGACCCGACGGGCAGUAUCCAGGCCCAUCUCUCGCAGGGACACAAAGGCGAGACGAGCGCCGAGGCGUAUGUCCGUACCCUGCUCGAUGGGAAUGGGGGCGGGGACGUCGUGAAUCUCCUGGGCAGCACGGGGCUGUAA